AUGCAUAGUCUUAAUAGUGUACAUUUAGAUAAUAUCAAUACAGUCGGCUAAUAAGAUACAUCUAUAUGCAAAAAUAUUCCGGUAAAUAAUGAAUGCGACUCUUCAUCAAUUAUCUUACUCAAGAAAAUAGAAGCUCCUAGUCCUGACAUUCCUAGUUUUAAUUAGGUUAUUUUCAAACCAUUUUAAAAAUUAAUUAUCUACUAUCAUAUUGGAUUUUUUAUUCGAAAACUAUUGAAGUAUAUUAAACCAGAUCAAAUAUUUAAACCUAAACAUUACUAUUUAAUCAAUGAUAAAAGUGCAGGCAACAUUAAAGAUUUUAUAAGUUAUGCUGGUAAAUCAAAAUCAACUGUAAUGCAAUAUCCAGGUCUUGAUGAAGUUGAUUUCUUUGUGAGAUUGAGAUAUCGAUAUAGACAAGGCCUAAUAAAUUGUCAAUAAAAAAUCUUAUACUUAUUUGAACAAAUUCCAUUGAUAGACCCAUCAUUUAAAAUCAAAAUCAUUUGGGAUCUUCUACUUAAUAUAUUCAGAAUUUAUCUCAUGUACAUUAUUCCUAUCAUUAUCACUUUUGAGUAACUAAUUGAAGAUUAUGAUAAUAUUAUUAUAAUAUCAUAAAUUGUGUUUAUUAUAGAUUUACUUUUGAGGAAUAUUACUAUUUAUUAUGAUUAAGGUUUACCUGUUGUUGAUCGCUAUUAGAUUGUUAAAAAUUAGUAUCAUAUUACUAAUCUUAUAGAAUUAAUGGAGAUUUGCUUACUCUUUGCUAUGGCAUAUUUUAAAUUUGAAUUUAAUCAUUAAUUUAUAUUAUUUGAUGGCUGGCCUAAAUUAUGGAUGUUAUUAUAUUUUAUUCAGUUAAAAAAUCUUUUAAAUUUUAUAGGAUCGUGGUAGCAAUCCUUUUUAAUGGGUUAAUUAGCAUCAUCAUUAAUUGAAUUAUUUAAAUUAAUAGGUUUGCUACUAAUUAUUUAACAUAUAUUUAGUUGUAUAUGGUUGAUAAUUGGAAAAUAUAAUCUUAUUCUUGGAAAUUCUAAUUGGAUUUCAUAUUUCAACUUAGAUAAUAUAUCAUGGAUAGAUUUAUAUAUUGAGUCUAUGUAUUACACUAGUGUAACAAUGUACACAGUAGGAUAUGGCGAUUUACACCCAAUAAGUAUUUGUUUAUUUAUUUAUAUCAGAUAUCUCUGAAAAAAUGUUUGCUGUUUUAUUUGUAUUUGUUUGUACAUUUCAACUUUCUUUUAGUUUGAAUACGAUUGGGGAAAUUUUAACUAGAAUGAAAAAUAACAAUGAUAUAAUUAAUAAAAAGCUAAUCUUUAUUAAUUAAUAUAUGCAUAAUAAAAAAAUAAGUCAUUAAUUACAAUUUCAGGUAAGGGAGUAUUUAAAUUAUUAUUGGUAUCAAGAGUAAACAUAAUAAACAAAAGAAUAGACUGAUAUUUUAAGUUAAUUAUCUGAAGAUCUUAGAAAGUAAAUAGCAGUUGAAUCAAAUAGUAUUGUGCUUAAAAAUUGUGAAUUUUUUUAUAAAAAUUUCUCAACAGAAUUUCUAAGUGAGCUUUUGAAACAACUUUAAUUUCAAUCUUAUUAACCCUCAUCUACAAUAAAUAUAUUUAAUGAUGAUGAUCAUUUCAUGCAUAUAAUUGAAUCUGGUUAGGUUGAUGUUUAUGAUAAAUCAUUUGAUAAAAAAGUAUUAAUAGGUUGUUUUAAAUCAAACGAAUUUUUUGGAUUAAAUGAAUUUGUUAAUAAUUAGAAAAACUUCAAAUAUGAAUACAAAAGUUCAGGAUUUGUGAGUACUCUAGUAGUACCUAGAUCUAAGUUCUAAGCAAUAUUAUAAAAGUAUCAAUCUGAUUUCGAAAUUUUUUGGAAUCUGAAAAUCAAUAAUUAUUCUGAAUUAAAAUGUGCUGUUUGUGAAUCUAAAAGACAUCCGCCUGAUUUUUGUAAAUAAGUGCAUUUUAUUCCAGACAGAGAAAAAGUAAUUAAAUAAUUUAAUUUUUAUUAAAAUUAAGAAAGAUAAAAGUUUAGAAGAAAUUCAAUAAGAAUUAAACAAUUAUAUCAUGCAUCUACUGAUUAAGAAAUUAUAAAAGAAGCUGCUUAAAUGGUUAAAGUAAAAAAUGAUAGCAUGUUUUUUUAAAAAUAUUAAAUUAUUGAAGAUGAAACCACACAAUAUGAAAGUUAAGGUAAUAUAAUUAUAUAAAAAUUAUAGAAUACAUAAACAAAAAAAAAGAUAUUGAUUCAGUAGGAAUUUUAAUAAAAGAUCUAGAGAGUCGAUCUUAUCUCGAUAUUAAUCAUAAAUCUCAACAAAAAUCUGAAAAAGAAAUUUUGGAUUUAAAAAUUCACUUUUCAUUGGAACUGCAAACUUUAAAGUCAUUAAAAGAUAAAUUGCAUCACAAAGAUUUAUAUACAGAUAAGGAUAUUUAAUAGAUUGAAUAUCUGAUUAGGAUUUUAGAACUUAAAUUAAACUUAGAAGAUACAAUAGAUCUUGAUUAAUCAUAGGAAUAUUAGAUUUAUAAUUAAAAAGCGAAUAUAAACAUAAUUUUAAAGAAAUUAAUUCAUCCAGUCAGAUAUAUAAUAACUUAAACAUCAAAAAGCUUAGAUUAAUUUUCAUUGAUUAGUGGUAAUGUUUGGCUCAAAUAUAUGUUUUAUCCUUAUGAUUUUAUAAAUUAAUAUAGAUAUAAUGUUAAUAGAUUAGGUUUACCUAGAAAAUCAAUGGUUGUGAGGUAAUAAGAACGUCGUCUAUCCUCUGCUUUAUUGAGGAAAAAAUAAUAAAACAUACGAUCAAUAAAAAGAUCCAUACAAGUGCAUCCAAUAAAAUGA